AUGAAUAGAUUUACAGCUAAAUCACUUUUCCAUCGUCUUAAACCAUCAGGUUUUUCUAUUUUACAACAACAACGAACAAAUUUUAUUAAACCAACAUUAAAAGUACUACCUUCGCCUUCUAAUUCAAGGAUUUUUAUUACUUCUCAGCAGAGAUUUUAUUCUGCUGAAGGUGGUCUUUCUCGUCAGACUAUUGAAGCUAGAAUUAUUGACAUUCUUAAAGGUUUUGAUAAAGUUGACCCAACUAAGGUAUCUUCCGAAUCACGUUUCACCGAUGAUCUUGGAUUGGAUAGCCUAGAUACUGUUGAGGUUGUUAUGAACAUUGAAGAAGACUUCUCUAUUGAAAUUCCGGAUAAAGAAGCCGAUGAAAUUAGGUCGAUCAAAGAUGCCGUGGAUUAUAUCGCUAAACGUGAAGAUGCUCAUUAA